AUGGAUUCACCUCGCGAUCUUUCUGGAUCUGAUCGAGACGACAACCAUCAGAGGCCGGUUACUCCCAGUGGAAACGAAGAUCUUCAACCGUACUCAGAUGUAGGUCUGGGUAUCCUCACAACGCCGCCCAGAGUCCAAAGACCAGCAUCAGCAGCAAGUCGACGCUCAGCUGGCUACAGUCCCGGCAGUAACGCUUCUCUAAGCAGUGGUCGCGAAAGCGACGAUGCGGACUGGAAUAAACAAGCCAAUUCGCAACCCAUAAUCUCUAUCCCACAAAAUGUGGUCCCACAGAAUCAGUUUGUCGGAGGACUCAGCGACAAAUCAGAGCCUUUGCGAGGGCUUACCAAUGUUCCACCGAACGAUUUUUCCGUUGACGAGAACGUGCAAGCACAACAUCACAACGGACAUGACAAUAACAAGGGAUCCACGUGGCCCCGCGAUUCCAGCACCUUGCUCGAGCUAGAAAAGCUUCACAUCGACAACGCCGCACUUGAGAGGCAGCUAAAGGCACUAGAGGUAUAUUGUGAAUUGCAACAACGCGAGAUCGAGGCCUGCCGGGAAAAUCAGAUCGCAGCGGAGCAGCUUGCUGAAAGUCGCCGACAAGAAGUCGUGGAAAUCAGGAGGUCAAAGGAACAUAUCGACAAAGAGCUAGCCGAAUCGGAAACACAAGUUCAGGCGCUGGAGCGAGAGAAUGCAAGUCUUCGGCUGCUCCAUGAUGAAAAACACCAGCGAAACAAGGCAGAGUGGGAGUUAGGUAAUCUAUACGGCGAACUCGAACAAAAGAAAACUGAGGUCAGCUCACUAUCCGACGAAGUGCAGAAGCUUCGCGGGUCAAAAAGGCAGUCUGAAAAAGCACAAAGGAAAAGUGAAGAAGAGUGCAAGAAGUUGCAUGAGCAAAUUAAACGAACCUUCGUGUGGAUCCAGGAAGCACAGAAACAACAGGCGCAGAAAGAUAUGGAACAGUUCCGGCUCGAAGACGAACAUUUCCUGAGCUUCAGGAAGCGAAGACCUUCAACCACCGGCGAUUCUGUUCGAACAACGUCCGAACAACAAGAGAAUCUCGGUGAUUUCAUCUCUUCCCGGCCCCAAAGUGUGACCAGCCAGUCACUGGCCUCAUCUGCGCGCCUGAGCUUCAUCAGCGAGAUCGCUUUCCAGAAAUCGCACACCUGCGUUUGCGGUGCGACAAGCCCACCUGCUUCAGGAACGGUCCGUCAGGCUCGACAUGCCCGACAUGCCCUUACAGCUUCACACUUUCCACCGUCAGCAUCCAAAAGGGUUUCAUUUCGCCUAGAUCCGACUCCUUCUCAUCAUAAGGGGCCAGGUGCUUCAGUUCGUCGGCAGUCCUAUCCUUCUUUCAGGAAAGGUAGGCACAGAAAGACAUCAUUGUUACGCAAUUCAUCGGUUCCCGGUGGAGAACAUCAAGACGAACCCACUCGGGCAAACCAUGGACGACGGUCGACGACCACCUUCGAGGCUGAUGGGGCAACUGAAGGAAGAACCGUUACAAGUCGUUCCUUGUCCCUGCCGAUUACACAGGAAGAGCAUGCGAAGCUUCGUGAGGCAUUGCAAUCUACGACUCCGCUGCGCAUUGUAUGGGACAAUUCUAGAAAUCAAGCAGUCUUCGAGCCUGAACCCAUCACAGUCGCGGUUGGAAUGAUUUCCGCACCGAAAAGUGCGCUCUCAGGCAUGGCAGCUAAUACUUUGAGCAUCAAAGGUUUUGCAAACCAAGAUUCGGUCGAGCAAGCACCGGAAGAAAUCAUGCAGGUUCCCCUUUCUCAAGUUGACGCAGACUCUAGCGGACUACACGCUCUGAAGAAGUCCCCCAAUGGUAACGAAUCUAUGCCGAUGCUCGAGUCACACGACAACGUCACAGAUGAGGGCGAUCUUACACAAGAGGGCACCCUGCGACCUGGUUCAAUAGGCACAGUGCAGGAAGUACCCGCCGCCGCAUCACCACCUGCAUCGAAAGCACAGACCUCAAUUUCGCCGUCUAGGCGACCGGGCUCCAGCUCUGUUCGACCUGUCGAGGAUGGAACUGGUACUAGCAGCGCCAUCGAAUAUCCUCCCAGCCCCGGGUUGAGGAGACGGCUAGGCGGUACUUCCUCCACGACAUUCUCGAUUCAGAACCUUGAGCCCAUACAGAGUGCAAGCCUAUCACCGAUACCUCUUUACCAUGUGUGGGCAUAUUUUACCUCGGCGAGGUAUGAAAUCGUAAAAAAAAUCGAAGGAGGAGGAUCAAGAACUGGAUUCGACAACAUUAGCAAGAUACCUGUGCAAGAACCUGCGUCUUCAGCCUCCCCUUCCAAAAUGGCCGCAGUUCCAGGGAAUCGAUGGCUGAUAUCCUCACUCGGACGGAUAGCCAUAGUGAAGGCUCUUACGAUUCCAGCAAUCAUUAUCCUUUGCUCUCUAGUGCUGGUGGCAUGCUAUACGAACAUGUUGCUGCUCAAGACCCCACGGCUCUUUGGCGAAGAGCCACUCAAAUCUCUAGGCUCGUCUACAUCAAUACGCACUUGUCCACCUUAUUUAUCGGUCAUGGAGGGGUUUCCGCCCGAGGCUUAUCUAGAACAGCCCGAAAUGGGGGCGAAGACAGAAGAGGCAACAGCUUGGCCAACGGCACCCUGGAUGUUGACAUCCACUGAAACAGAAACUCUGACAGAAUUUCUCACCAAGACAUACAUGCGGACACGGACCCGGAUACACAUAGAGACGGAAACCAAGACUCAGACUGUGAUGGGAGCCUCGGCCACCACGCUUACAAAAUUCAAGACGGAAACAAUGACUGUUUUUCUGGCCCUACCAUCCCCUCUCCCCCCAACACGAUCUCUCAGAAUUCCGAUCCGUACAUCAGGUUCUGAACAAAAUAGCACCAUCCCGAGCGCCGCCGGACCGGUCCCAGGAGCCUUGCCCUCUCUAGAGCUAUACGGGAACAAACACUGCGUCUGCUCCUGUCCGAGUACGCUGAUUUACACAUGCGAAAAGCCCAACGCCACAUCCUUGCGUUCCUCUCAGCUCCUACGCCCACAAAGAAAUUUCGGUCCUACGGCAGAUGAGAUCGACGAGCGCGCCAAAAAGGCCCGACAGCGUAGCUUGCGGCUGCAACAGAUAUACACUGGCCCAACGUACUGGGGUCUGCUACCAUCCGUCAAGCAACAGUUGGAGAUCCUGCAGCUCAGGGUUCUAGAGGUGUUGUUAGGUGGAGUAUGGGACCCAAGAGGGUACUGAAGGCCUGUCCUGACACCUUCUGGAUCAUAAAGAAAGGGAAAACAUGUGUCACGUUCCUGUCACGACGGUCCGCGCAAAACGGGUAAGGAACCAUAUGGAGCACGAGGUAUACGCGACCGCUUGAAUCUCAGGGCCUAAGCUGGUCCUCGAGGACACAAGCCCAUGGACCUGGAUGCGCCAGGUGAGAAAAGACGGGUUGAGGAUGUCCAAUUCGCGAGGUGCCGGGACAGAGUACAGGUGAUUGACUCCUCGAAUGACGGUCGCGGUCUGUAGCCAGCCUCUCAAUGUCAAUGUCAAUUCAAGCUGAACGCAACACCCUCGUCGGUUCGCCACAGAGCAGCGGCUCUUCCACCAAAGCACGAGAAAAAUGAACCGAGAACAUGGGGUUACGGGCUCUGCUUGAAAGAGGAACCGGAAGACACGGGUGAGAGAUCUGGUACUGGGAUAUCUCCAGGGCAAGACGGCAAGUUAUGCCUUGUUCGCUGGCACAUAUGAGUGAUGGAGCCAGGGGACGGACGUUGACCCACGUGCACAUACCUACACAAAUAGAUAAAGAGACACAUAGAGCUAGAUCGCAG